UGACGCUUUCAACUGCAGUUAACGCCAGUGAUCCUACCUGGUUCAGAUCUCGCCAGCAUGUCCUUCAGCACCAGAUCCUACAACCCGAAGACCAUGAGUGUCUACGGAGGCGCAGGAGGUCGUGGCACCCGUAUCUCCUCGUCCCAGCUGAACUACGCACCCUCGGCCGGAGGCUUCAACCUCGCCGACGGGCUUGACGUCCCCGUUGGGGCCAAUGAGAAGGCUACCAUGCAGAAUCUGAACGACCGUCUGGCCUCCUACCUGGAGAAGGUGCGCAGCCUGGAGAAGGAGAAUGACCGCCUGGAAAAGCAGAUCAGAGACUGGUACGAGAGCAGGACCGUGGUCUCCAACGACUACAGCAGCUACUACGCCACCAUUGAGGACCUGAAGGAGAAGAUCCAGAUUGCCUCCCGGCUCAAUGCCAAGACAGUCCUGGACAUUGACAACGCAAAGCUGGCUGCUGAAGAUUUCAAAAUGAAGUAUGAGAACGAGCUGUCCAUGAGGCUGGCUGUGGAGGCUGACAUCGCUGGGCUGAGGAAGGUGCUGGAUGACAUUAAUAUGAGCAGGAUGGAUCUGGAGAGUCAGUAUGAGUCUCUGAAGGAUGAGCUCAUAAUGUUGAAGAAGAACCACGAAGAGGAAAUGGCCCUGCUGAGGGGUCAGAUGGGCGGCCAGGUUAAUGUCGCCGUGGAUGCUGGUCCAUCUACAGACCUGAACGAGACCAUGACAGAGAUCAGGGGGCACUACGAGAGUGUGAUCACCAAGAACCGGAAGGAACUUGAUUCGUGGUAUCAGAACAAGAUUGCAACGGUGGAGCAGGAGGUGAUCUCACAGUCAGAGAGCCUGGGAACAUACCGCACUGAGAUCAAGGAACUCAAGAGCGCCCUCCAGAGACUUCAGAUCGAACUGCAGUCCCAUCUGAGCAUGAAAGCAUCCCUGGAGGGAACCCUGGGAGAGACGCAGGCACGCUAUUCUGCACAGCUCGUAAGCCUCCAGAGCAUGGUCACAAGCUUGGAGGCUCAGCUGUCCGAGCUCCACGCCAACAUCGCCAGCAACAAGCAGGAGUACGACAUGCUGCUCGACCUCAAGACACGUCUGGAGCUGGAGAUUGCAGAGUACAGGAGGCUGCUAGAUGGCGAGGAUGAUGAAAGCUCAAGACAAGUGGUCACAAAGGUCAUUACAGUGAUAGAGACAGUCGUGGAUGGAAAGGUGGUUACGAGCAGCAAGACGGUUGACGUGGAUGUGGAUGAGAUUGAGUAAAAACUUGCAACCAUCUGCAAAAACGAAUAAAGAUAAUGCAGUUGAAUUAA